UCUGUUUUUUUUUUUUUUUUUUUUUUUUUUUUUUGUUUUUGUUUUUCUUUUUCUGAUCGAUUAUCAUGCGAGGAGUAGUGGAAGUGGCUCAUCCUUGUUUACCCGUAUCCCUGCUUGAAUGGUGUCUCACAUACUGGGGUAGAACCCUCUCGGCGACAACGUUACUUACAGGGCAAAACAUCCGAGCAGGCUCCGAUGUAAGAAUGCUAGGCUGGAGUGUUUUUCUGUUUUCUUCGGGAGGCAAAUACUGUGUACUGGGUGCUGUAGAUGGUUGGAAUGGAGACCCGGGUUUGGUGUUUAUUGCGGACCUCCAAUGAAAUUCAACGCUGGGGGAGUGCACAUGACCUUUAUGACAUCUGAUCUGCCCGCUUGCUGGUGGAGGAAUG